CACCAAACAUUAACAUUCAUUAAUUCCCUAAAAAACACAAUCUCGUAUAAAUCACAUUAUUCACGAAUUAGCAUACCUUGAUGCAAAUGAACAACAGCAGAACAACGUGGGGUCCACUUUACAACAGAGCACCGACCAAGGUGGUUUCGAUUCCUGUUCAUUUUGUGGGGUCAGAGAGAACCAGAACCAAUUCGGCAACUAAUAUUCAGAGGGUUGCAAGAGGGUUUCUUGUGAGAAAGAGCGUGAAGAAGAUGUUGAAGAUGAAGGUGGAGUUGGAGGAGAUUGAGAUUAACGUUAAUGGCGAAGAAACUUUGAAGUUGUUGAAGAAGGACCAAAAGGAGAGGUUGAGAAUAGGUGAAACAAUCAUGAACUUGCUUCUUAAGUUGGAUUGUGUUAGAGUUUUUCAAUGUUAUGCUCUUAGGGAGUUUAGAAAGUCGUUGAUUAAAAGGGUCAUUUUUCUUCAAGAGUUUGUUGAUCAAAUUCAAAUGGUGGGUCCCACAUAUGAGGAUGAUAUUGUUAAGGGUAAUUUUGUUGGGGUUGAAGAGAAGGAAGAUGUUGGGUGUGAGGAGGAGCAAGAGGGUGGCGUAAAAAUUGAAUCUUUGAUGAAUUGUUUGGUGAAUGAAAAUGAGGAUGAAGGUGAUGGUGAGGAGCAUGAUGGAGAUGAGAAAAUGGAUGUUUUGGUUAAAGAGGAGAAUAAGGGAGGUAACAAAAUUGAAGCUUUGAUGAACGAGGAUAAAUGUGUGAAUGAAGAGGAAAAUUGUUUGAUCAAGGAAAUGGGGGAAAAUGGUGAAAAUGAGGAGGAUGAGGAAGGUAACAAAAUGGAAGGUUUGGAGAAGAUGGAGGAAAGUGUGGGAACAAGUUUAGUGGAGGAGGGAAUUGAAGGUGAUAGUAUGGUGGUGAAAGAAGAGGAGGGUAAAAUUGUAAUUGGAUAUGAGGAGGAGGAUUUUAAGGAAGGAGGUGAUGGGAAUAGGGAAAUGUUGAAGAGGAUGAUGGAGGACAAUGAGAAAAUGAUGGAGAUGAUGGCUCAAUUGUUUGAGAGGAAUGAAAAGCAAACAACACUUCUUACCUCUCUUACACAAAGGGUGGAGCAACUUGAAAGAGCUUUCACUUGUGACAAGUUGAGGAGGAAGAAGAGGAGAAAUGUUGAUGCCAAAUAUAGGCAUAAUGCUUAAAUCUGAAUUUUGAUUUGUUUUGCCUUGUGAAUUUUCCAUUUUUGUUUUAUUCUUUCUGUAAUUGAUUUUGUUUCUCAAGUUGUAUGUUUAUUAUGAUCUUUGUAACUAAUUAAAUGAAGUGGCUUGCCAAUCGUCUUUUGAAA